AUGGCUACAUACGCCUUCCUCGUCUCGCUUGUGGCCCUGUCCACGACCUCCGCCUCGCCAACAGCCAGGGACUUGGGCGACUCUGGCGAGUCUGGCUUCACCAACGUCUCUACCUUGUCGAAACGUUGGGAUGGCUCUCCAGCCAUGGGUCGAGAGCUGGCCACUGCCAACGGCAAAGCUUGCACGCUGUGGCCGAUGAUGCACAUGGAUGAUGUGCAAGCCGGGCAAAUGUUCACUCCGCCGCGAGCUUCCGCUCACAGUGACUAUCUGCAGCUGGACGAUCUCACCAAAUGGGGCUACGUCACCAAGACGCCCAGGAAGGACCCCAAGUGCGACAUGGGCAACGGCAAGGACAUGUAUGGCCUGCAAGCUGUUCUUGAGGCGAAAAGUAUCUCAGCCGACAAAAAGGACUGGAAGUGCGUCCGAAUUACCCAUGGUGACCCUGAGCACAAGACCAUCAGCAUCGACGAUCAAACGUACACCAAUCCACGUACUGGCCAGACCGUGAGGGUCACUGGCGCUCUGUUCCAGUUUGCGAUCAAUGCAAAGGAUGGCGUCAUGGUCAUUGCCAAACAAUAUAGCGCCGCACACCAGAGCCAGUACCGUCGCCCUCCAGUCCCAGCUCAAGAGUUUCCGGAUCUGCGAUCGUCUUCUGAUGUCGCAUGGCUUGCUUGGAAGCCUUACCACGACAAAGGUGUCAAGCUCAACCACAUCAUCACGUGGUCGGUCACGAACGGCGUGUCACAGCGCCUCAUAUCUGCUGCCCUCGAAGGGAUGUUGGAUGAGCCGCUCAAAGAUGCAGACAAGGCACUGAAGCCCUACCCUUGGGUUGGCUGGACAGCGGACCAGAACACCGGUCCUCUCAUUCUUGGUUCUCCCAACGGUAUCGGUAUCGGAUAUUUGCUCGCGCAACACAAGCCCGAGUUGGGCAACAGACGUGUGAGGAAGAUGGAAGCGUUCUUGGCCGACACCGCUGCCUCCAGCUUGCGUGAACCUUCCAUUGCUUGGGAAAUCGAAGAUGCACCGGCAGAGUGGGAUGAACCUAUGGUGUAG